GUGAAAGUAGGUUGCAUGGUGUUGAACUUGAUCUAUAGCGCUGUAGGAAGAGUCUUAUACAGGACAGGGUGUAAUGUAACUUUAAAAGUGAAAACAAUGUUUUCUUCACAUCUGCAUUCCAUCAGAAACCUGACAGAUACAAUGUUAAUCUUUUCUUUCCAGUGAAUGUACAAUCUUGUUGACUUUUUCUUGUUUGUUAUGACAACUGUGACGGUUCCAGGAAUUGUGUGUAUUGUUCGGUGUUUAAGGAGUUCGGUUGUGACUAUAAAAAGUUCUUCAACAACAGUGUUACGGUAAGCAGCUAUGGCCGUGGGCCCAGUGGACCCCAGAGAGGUGCUGAAAGGAGUUGAAGCUCUGCUGGGGAAGGAUGGAGAGCUACGAAGCCUUGAGGGAGUUGCUAAAGUCUUCAGUCUCAUGAAGGCCUCGCAUAAAAUGGUCAGCAGAUGCAUGUAUCUGAACAUCUUACUGCAGACAAAGUCACAUGAUGUACUUAAUCGGUUUAUUCGAGUUGGAGGCUACAAGUUGUUGAACUCUUGGCUCACCUACUCAAAGACCACCACUAACACCCCCCUGCUGCAGCUCAUACUGCUCACCCUGCAGAAACUCCCCCUGACUGUGGACCACCUCAAACAGAACAACACAGCCAAGCUGGUGAAACAACUGAGCAAGAGCGGCGAGACAGAAGAGCUGAGGAAGCUGGCGUCAGUGCUGGUGGAAGGCUGGAUGGCUAUUAUCCGCUCUCAGAGCAUCUCCAGUGGAGCGUCACCCAAUGACAAGAAACGGAAAAAGGAGGAUGGAAAAGUGCAUCCAGAGGUGAAGCCCCGAGAAAAAGGAGCAGAGGAGGAGAAGAAAGACAAACCAAAAGCUUAUGCCCCAAGUCAUGCAAAGAUCCGCUCUACAGGUUUGGAGGUGGAGAGUCCAGCUCCAGUUCCUGUGAAGAAAACCCCCUCUGCACCCCAACUUGGAGACAAAUACAACAUCAAGCCUGCUGUUCUCAAAAGACCAAGCACAUCGCCGACCGACGCACCACCAGUGGAGAAGAAGUACAAGCCCCUUAACAUCACCCCCAACUCUACCAAAGAGAUCAAAGUCAAGCUUAUACCCCCACAGCCGAUGGAAGGCACUGGAUUUUUGGAUGCCCUCAACUCCGCUCCAGUGCCUGGCAUCAAGAUCAAGAAAAAGAAACCAAAAGCAGUUUCCCCUACCACUAACAAGCCCUGUCCGUUUGACAGCAGGCCGCAGUCAUACUUGGGCACACAGGCCAAACCGUCUUCCCCUGAGACGCCCUCAUCUCAGACACCUCCUCAUGAGAACCAAGACCUGGAGCAGCCUGGCACACCCGUGCCCACCGAGGACCCUGAUGCCAUGGAAACCGGUGAUAAACCUAAUGCUCUGUCUGAACCUCGCGGUGAGGAGGAGAGUCUGACUAAGAAAGGAAAGAAAAAGAAAAGCGUUCGGUGGGCGGAAGAGGAUCAUCUCAAAGAGUACUUCUACUUUGAUCUGGAUGAGACUGAGAGAGUGAACGUUAAUAAAAUUAAGGACUUCGGCGAGGCGGCCAAACGGGAGCUGAUGAUGGACAGGCAGACGUUUGAAAUGGCUCGUCGUCUUUCUCACGACACCAUGGAGGAGAGGGUGCCCUGGACUCCUCCGCGACCCUUAACCCUCAUAGGCACCCUGGUCAUUCCUGGUUCCAGCAGCAGAGAGAAGAUGAUCCAGAGAGACAGAGAGAUGGGCAUUCUGCAGGAGAUCUUCCUCAGCAAAGAGAGUGUUCCAGACACUUCUCAUGAGCCAGACCCUGAGCCGUAUGAGCCCAUGCCUCCUCGUCUCAUCCCACUGGAUGAGGACUGCAAUAUGGAGGAGAAUUACAUGGAGUCCGCUGACGCUGCUGCCUCCGGCGGCUCUUCAGGCUCUAAUGAAAGCUCCAAGCUGCCUCCUGUUCUAGCUAACCUCAUGGGAAGUCUGGGCAACAGCGGCCGCAGCCCUCAGGCGCAAGGCAACGGCCCACCAGCCAGUAAUAACCCCGCUGUUAAUGUGCAGGAACUGCUCUCAUCUAUCAUGGGUGCUCAGGGAUCUAACCAGACUCCAGAGGACCUGAUCAAACAGCCUGAUUUCUCAGAUAAGAUCAAGCAGCUUUUGGGCUCUCUGCAACAAAACCAGAACCAGAAUCAGAACCAACCUGCCAAUGCUCCGCCAAUGAACAUGGGUCUGCUUGGCCAUGGCCCCGGCAUGAACAACAUGCCGAUGCCCAUGAAUGGGGGUUUCCCUCCAAACAAGCCCCCUGGACCACAUUUCAACCAUCCUCCUCCUCCCCACGGCCACGGCCCACCCUUCAACGCCGGCGGCCCACGCAUGAUGGGUCCUCCACCUGGUCCACAGGGCCGUGGGGCAGACAACGGCAACUACUGGGGCGACGACUCCAUGAGAGGAGGCCCGCACCGGGGAGGACACUUCCACAGGGGGAGAGGGAGAGGAGGAGAUCCGGGCUUCAGAGGACGAGGGGGACGCGGGGGACCACGCGGGGGACACAACAACAUGGGCGACAUGUCAAAUAGGCCGGUGUGUCGCCACUUCAUGAUGAAGGGAAAUUGUCGGUAUGAAAAUAACUGUGCGUUUUACCACCCCGGUGUAAACGGACCACCGCUUCCUCCCCAGCACGGUCACUGACACACCGAAAACUGCUGUUCCUUGAACUCGCCACUAGUGGGCAACAGGACUCGAAAUGAGCCUCGUGGACAGAAACUGAAACCGGGGACGUUUGCGUCUGUGACAGCACAAUCCCACCUGCUUCCUCCGACUGUACAGUUGCUUCAUUGGAUCUGAACAUUAAUAUUUCUUCUCCAUUUGACACUACUUUCCCUCAUCUGGAAAGCUGUGAGAAGAUCUGAGAUCCUCUGUGAAGAGACACAUUACUUGACUUUGCUGUCUACCUGUAAAUAGUGAUUCCUGGAGAUGUAUAUUUUUAUUGUGAUUCUGUGUACCACUGACCUGACUGCUAAAGAUUGUACUACAGAACUCUGUAACCACUAGGACACGAUAUAAAUAGUUCCUUAAGCUUCUCCCGGUGGCAAAAACCCAAGAUACUGGAUGUGCAGUUUUCUAAAUUAUAAUUCACACGUCAGUCAUUCUUUGCCUAAUGAAAUCGACACUUUGAAAAGUUAUCACCGCACAGAACGUUUAUUUUAAGAUUUUCUGGUUGAAUUAAGUCCCUCUGACGUUGCCGUACUGUUUGAUGUUUUAUUUUCAGGUUUCUAUUGAAGAGGGAGAAACCGUACGUCUAUGAAAUGUGUAGAUGCUUUCAAAUUUCCAGAUUUUCCUUUUUCACACACGGUCCUCGUUUUUUCAGUACACGAUUUUUAGUUUUAAAGAUACUGAAAUGUAUUGAUGAAUUGGCAUUAUGUUCACUUCUCGCCCCGAAUUGGAAAUAGUAUGUACGCAAGGGGUUAAUACUAUUCAGAACCGCUACCUUUUGCAUUUUUGAAGUCCCACUGAAUACUUGAAUCGAUACUUUGUGAUGGAAAGUGAUCCUAGCCUGCUAAAGAAAUAUCAGCUGUUGUUCUGUGUAGUGUGAUAAUCAGGAGAAUUAGUGCUGAUUUCCUACUUGACGUUGAUGCUGUGGCUUGAUUUGCUGUGCGCUCGUGUUCUCGGACUCGUGUGGGUCUGUCCUGCUCUAUCGGUGUUCAGCUGAGCCUAACCUGGGCUACAAACCACUGUCAUCAAGGCCAAACGUAUUCAGGUGUUUUCUGUGAAAACCGUGGCCAUUGUCUCUUGUGGGACUCUUUUUUUUGUUGGAUUCACUAUUGUCCCAUGAUUUUAUAAGUCUGAUGAUUUUUCUUUUCUAUUUUUUGUCGGAGAGAUGUCUAUGUGUCAGAGCGCCGCAUAAACACAAUAAAAGGCACAUUCAGAAAUGUAAGGUGUUUUUCUACAUGUAAAUGAAUAAACGUUACGAAAUUCACAUUUUCUCUCAAAUUAACUUUUAUUUUCGGAGCAAGUGUCAGUAUAUAAGGACCACUCUCUCUCAGUGCCUGUUUGCUUUUUUAACCUCUAAAUGCCUCGUCGGUUGAAUAUGUCAAACGGUUACGUUAGGAUUCUACGCAAUCCCACUGAAUCCUCCUCGCCCUCUCAUGGCAGUCCGGUCAAAUGGCUAACAGUCGUUUGCGGGUGCGUUUGCCUUCCUGUCUGUCAGAUCCGUGUUCUCAGGACGCAGUCGGUGCAGAUGGCUGCUGGAGUGUGUGUGAUCAGGAGUGGCCUGUGCACCCAGCCCUCGAGGGCAAAUAUUGACUUCAGCUUCAUAGAAUUUCUGCCUGUGUGCAAGGAGUUAAGGACACCUCAGCAAUUCAUUCAUCCUAUGUAACGCUCGUUUCAUUUUUGCAAGCUUUCAGUGUGUACUCCUCAGCCACUGUACGGGAAAAAAGUUACAAAAAAAUAAAAUAAAAUCUAGGUCUUUGCUGUGUAUAAAA